AUUAAGACUAAAGAAGGGGAAGAUGACAGAGGAAAACUCGUCAAAUUUAGAAACAUCAAUGGAUGAUGUGAAAAACCUAAUAAAAAAAAAAGACGAUAUUGAGGAACAGAUAAAAGCUUAUUACGACGUUCUGGAAGACCAAGGUGUAGGAGUUGAAGGAGCUUUGGUUGACGCAGAAGGUUUCCCUCGAGCAGAUAUCAACUUGUACCAGAUAAGGACAGCCAGACACAACAUUUCAUGUCUACAGAAUGAUCACAAGGCCAUCAUGGCACAGAUUGAAGAGGCCUUGCACAAACUGCAUGCUCGGGAGAAAGCCAAGCGGGAACGGGAUGAGGCAGAAGCCCAGGAGGAGGCAAUGGAGCAGCAGAUCACGCUGCCCUCUCCAUUUGCACGGGUGGAUGCUGUGACACAGGGCUCACCUGCCUGUGUAGCUGGUCUCAGAUUUGGCGAUGAAGUCAUUCAGUUUGGUUCUGUGAACACUGACAACUUUCAGAAUCUCCAUAAUAUCGCUUCUGUGGUACAACACAGUGAAGGGAAACCAUUAUGUGUCACUGUGGUCCGUGAUGGCCAGCGAGUUCAGUUGAGCCUGACUCCUCAGCGAUGGUCAGGGAGAGGUCUAUUGGGAUGCAACAUUGUUCCAAUCAAUCGUUGAUUAUGAUGAUGUACUGGAUUCUGCAGUGGAAGACUGUAUUCAAAGGCUUUGUCCUCUGGCUGGGUUCUAGAAAUGAUCUGGAACAUACACACAGAAAAAUAAAUGUUAAAAUAAAAACCUUGUUUCAAAAGCUGA